CCCCCCUCCCUCCCUCUCUGUCUCUCUCUCUUUCUCUCAGUCGGUGGCGAUUUGCCUUUGCCGACUAUACAAUCCAACAUGGAGUGAACGCGGAGCGGCGAUGGGGCUCGCGCAGGGCCGUCCUCACCGAGAGCAGCUCGCGACUGCAGCCGCGUCGUUGUCGCCGCGCGCGCGCUCAUCACAGACCGGAGACUCCGACGUCCGCGAGACCCUCGGGUUGGAUUAUACGGUGUCGCGCGCUGGUUAAAGUGCAAAACGAAAAGCAAACAAACACGCUUCUGUUCCAUAAAGCUAGAAGAAAGAAAACUGGGGGGGGAGGACACACCGAGAAACGGGAUCGGUGGGAGACAAAAUGGAGCCUGGACGCUGGUGCGCGCGCGCUCUGGGAUGUUAUUAUUGUAGGUGAAACGAGGGAGAUAAAAUGACCGAGGAAUCGCAACCAGACGAUGACGACUACCUGGUGCGUGUGAAGGCAGUGGUGAUGACGAGGGACGACUCGAGUGGCGGUUGGCUGGCUCAGGAUGGGGGAGGUCUCAGCCGGGUGGGCGUGUGUAAGGUGGCUCCAGCCGAUCUGGACCUCCUUGGCCGUAGCGGGUUUCUCAUUUACGGCGAGAGACUCCGAGACAAGCAGGUGAUACUCAAGUGCUUCCUGAAGAAGGACCUGAUCUACACUAAAGCCACUCCCACCUUCCAUCACUGGCGAGUGGACAACAAAAAGUGCGGCCUGACGUUCCAGAGCCCGGCGGACGCGCGCGCCUUUGACCGCAGCGUCCGGAAGGCUAUCGAAGACCUGACCGAUGGUUCCACCACGUCCUCGUCCACACUACAGAAUGAGACGGAGCUGGGAGACGACGACGUCUUCACGACUGCCACAGACAGCUCGUCUAACUCGUCGCAGAAGAGGGAGCCGUCGCUGCAGACGCUCGCCCCCAUCGGCUUCUGCGAAUCCCGUCACCACCAGUGCAUUCUGGAGCAACUCUACAACCAGCACAGGCACGCUGACCAUUACUUCCUGGACCAGGCGGUGCCGAUGUUCCCCCAUGUUCCUGUGAACUUCCUAGAGGAAGAAGAAGAGCUUGUGCGCAUAAACCCGCGUGAGCGCGCCUGGCUAACGGGCUACGAGGACUACCGUCAUGCCACCACAGGCGCCCACAAACUCCUGUGCCCGGAACCUACGGACGCUUACGUCUCCUUCGCCAAGAGCGAAGCACCCAAACACGACUACACGUACCCGUACCCACACCGGCUCUCUGGAGACGACAGGAAAUCAGGCAUCAGCGGUGGCGUAGUGUCGUGCCAGCCGCGGACCCCCUGGCGCACGGAGGAUGAGCGCGUGCGCUGCGUGUACUGCAGGGACGUGUUCAGCCCGGCACAGAACCGGCGUGGGCAGUGCCAGGAAGCACCGGACCCGGUGGUGGCGCUCAUACGGCGCGUGAGCUUCAUGUGGUGUGCAGACAGUCUGCUGUACCACUGCAUGGCCGACGCCGAGGGCGAGUACUCAGAGCCGUGCUCCUGCGACCCCAGUGACGGGCGCCUUGUACUGCGCUGGCUCGCACUGCUCGGCCUGUCGCUCAUCGCACCCUGCAUGUGCUGCUACGCACCGCUGCGUGCCUGCCAUCGUUGUGCCGUCGCAUGCCACUGCUGCGGCGCCCGACACAAAGCUGCCGGCUGACGCGGACGAGACAGCGACCGAGACGAACCUGAACAACUGUCAGACGGCGACUUUUUUGUUGUUGUUUGUUUGUUUUCUCCAGACUUUUUGGUGCCAUUCAGCUUCUAUGCCAUUAACAAGUAAAUUCCUUUAUAUAGUCAUUUAUAUAUAAUAAACUGUAUAUAUACACAACUGUCUAACGGGCUACAUAUAAAUCUAUACAGAUAAAUAUAUAUAUAUAAAUAUAUAAAUAUAAAUCCAGGACCUUUUAUGUUUUUACAAUAUCCUGGAAUUUAUUAUUUUUUUUAUGCUUCUGUUUGGUCCUGUCGCCGUGGCCGGUCAGUCCGGGGUGACGUCUCUCCCGUCCGAGGCACUAAACUCACACGUGAAUGUCCAAGCAGGCAAAACCUGACACGUGAUGUCUCUGAUGAAAUGGAGACAAAAAUGUGGAAGUUAUUUUUUUUGCUGAAGCCAAAACGAUAUAAGCUGCCGAGCGCGUGUACGGGCCGAAUGUGCCACAGUGAAGUACAACUGUGAUAGAAAAGUGUGUGUAUGUGUGUGUGUGUGUGUGUGUGUGUGUGUGUGUGGAACCUCUGAUCUAGAUUUCUCUAUGAAUGGGUCUUCAACUGUCCUGAUGAUGAUAAUAAUAACUAAAGACAAUCUUUUCAGUAACAGACGCUUUACUUUGCGGUUUGUGUGUAUUUGUGGGUUUUGACUAAAAAAAAACAACAUUUGGAUAAAACAUCAUCGUUACAACGACCAAAACAAGUGAACAUUAUCUUCUGAUGCAAAAUAUACUUAUAAUUCUGUUUCCAUUGACUUUCUUUUUAAAACAAGAUACUACUAAGGAAGCCUCUUGGCUAACGUUCUUUAAUAAAGGUGGGGUCUCCGAUUUUUGAAAGCCAAUGUUGACAUUUGAAAUCACCAAAACAAACACGCCCCUAACCCACCCCUGGGUCCCACCCCUGUAUUGAUAGCUCCGCCCACACAUACAUACGUAACCCAGGCAACUAAUGGAAAGAAACGUGUCUUUAUCAUAGCUGAAGGGAAGAACAAUACGAUUGCAGAUAAACAAACAAGCAAAAAUGACACACAAACAUAAUCAUGUAAAGGACAAAGACAUAUAUUAGUUCUGUGUAACAAAGCAAAACCAACGUUACUCAUCUAUCGAGAAGGAAAAAAGCGCCUCGGCGUCUUAAGUAAAGUUGGUCACAUAUUCACAGAUUGGAGUUUCCCGAGUCAAUAACUCCUGAGCUAAACACUGUUACUACACAAAACACGGUUGUAGCUGCGUCUCUACAUUACUACGAUAGAAAAGAGGUGUUAUUUGUGUAGUAACAGCGUUUAGCUCAGGAGUUAUUGACUCAGGAAACUCCAAUCUGUGAAUAUGUGACCAACUUCCUGCUCCUUCAGUUCUCUCCAGCGCUGGAAAGCUGAUCCUAUAUUAACACGUCCUACUUCUUACCUUAUCGUAAGUCUUUCUUCUCUUUCUUUCUUUGUUUUUAUCCUCCAUGUCAAUGUUAAAACCGCUUUCUGCUAAUGUCACACAUGCGCACUGAACACUCUCUCUGCCCAUAUUGACAAGACACGCCCCUUUCUGCUCAUUGGCUACACGUUUGUUUUGAUUUUUGUUUUGAUUUUUGUUUAUUAUCGGCCCGACUCAGUUUUCUGAAGCGUUUCUCAAAAAUCGGAGACCCUGCCUUUAAAGCGCUGCAGUAGAAACCUGGUUGCACCACAUGACUUUAUAGUGUUGGCAAAUCUGUGAAGUACCAGAACCGGACGCCCGGAGUCUGGAGUCGGACCCGCUACACGUUUACUAGCCUCCCUUUAACGUCGUUAACCCUCGAGUAGUCGUCUUUAUACGUUCGACACAGAUGAAACCGAUUCAUGUAGAAAUCUAAAAAGAAAACAAAAACAACUCAGAGGUUCAGACUCACAUCUGUAACUGCUCUACUGAAUGUCCAGUUAACAUGCAGCCAAAACAGCUGUCCAACUUUAAUGUAAACGUCUGUGUGUGUGUGUGUGUGUGUGUGUGUGUGUGUGUGUGAAUGUACGAUGCCGUAUUUACACUGUGUAUAUUUGAAAUCGAGAACCAGCCUCAAAAUCAAUGUAAUUAUCUACAAGACAAAUAAAAAGCUCAUUUUUUUUUGUCUAAAGCACAAACACA